CACCGUCAUUUCCAUCGACGGGGUGUGGUCUUACCUAUAAAUAGUUCGUUUUUCCGCCUGUUGCGCCACAGUUGUGCAGUGCUGUAGACAACAUGUUCGCAAAACUGGCCGUAUUGACCUGUUGCUUGGCCGCCGUGGCGGCUGUCUACAACGGACCCCUAGCGGGGGGCCGACCGGCCGACCUCUACCCCGCGGGAGUUAGCCCCCAGGCAUGCCCCAACUUCCCGCACUGCAGCAACCCCGCUGUCUCUGCCGAUCCUAAUACUCCUCUUAACAACAAUUGGGGAUCUCCUCAACCGCAGUGGGGACAACAGCAACAGUGGAACGGCGGUCAGCAAUGGGCCCAGAACAACUGGAACCAGGCUCCCGCCGUGCCCCAAGCAGGAAACUGGGAUCCCGCUAGCCAGACUCCCCUCGACAGGGGCGAAUAUGUAGGCGACGGUGACUACCACGGAGAAGGACUGUACGAGGCACUCGCCCCAGGAUACGAAAACCGUGGGGGCGGCGGAUGGAACCAGGGCAACCAGGGUCAAUGGAAUCAGGGCGGAUGGGCGCAUCAGUUGCCGGCAGGAGUGGGACAACCCGCUCAGCUUCCCGCCGGAGUGACCAACUGUCCAAACUACCCGAUAUGUCACUGAGCGCGGAGCCGGCUGACGACGUGUUGGUGCUAUAGUUUAAUUUCGUAAUCUGUAACCGAGAAGUCUGCAACUGACGUGUGGUGAUAAUGCGCUCAAAAAAAUUAAUAAUCCUAAUUGAAAUUUCAACGCGUGCGUGUGAGUGAUCCGACGAUGUUUAUAAGAAAUAAAAUGGUAAAAUAAUCGA